AUGGAGAGAAGAGCAUCGGACGCUGAGGGGGAGGAAAAGGAGGCCAAGGCGAAGCGCUCCAAGGAGGUAGAGCUCUUCCUCUCCCCGCCUCUGCCGCGCCCUCCUCGCCGCGCGGCGCCGGCGGACGUGCAGCUGGCGGCUGUCGCCGUGGGCCUGCGGGUGAGGCCGAAGGCCGCAGAAAUGCCGCCGGCCAUGCAGGAACGAGCAUUCCGCUGCACGCGGGCGCUCGUGGAGGCCUCCCCCAACCGGUGGAAGCCCAACCUCACUCUCCUCGCCCUCGCCCUUAAGAAGGUUAUCCUCUCCGUCUUCUUUCUCUACUACGCGCGUUCUUUCUUCACCAAUUAAUUCCCCUCCUGCGCAUUCCCUCGCACUGCGCAGGAGUUCGACGCGUCGUACGGGCCGGCGUGGCACUGCGUGGUGGGGCGGAGCUUCGGGUCGUAUCUGACGCACUCACCGGGCGGGUUCGUCUACUUCUCCCUCGACGGCGGCGACGACGCCGACUUAUCGCUUCUCCUCUUCCAGACCCAUCUCCGGCGCUUGCAGCCCCUCCGCUCCGGCGGCCCUCCGCCGCCGCCGCUCUGCCGCCCGUGA